AUGCUCACUGACGACCUGAAAGGCGUCUAUCGCUCCGAACGGCUUAUUUUUCGGGCCGUGGAACACAACGACGAGGACAAAAAGUUCCUACACACCCAAAUCGAGAAUGACCCAGUGACCGUCGCCCUCUCAAACCCGAUGGCGCUGAUGCCAAGGACCAGUAAGCAUAGCGAGUGGAUGGUUGAGCAAAUGGCCAAAUCUGUUCUCUCUGUCAUGGUCUGCCUUCCAGCAGAUACUUCUGGCGACGGCGACGAGGAAGUUGACGAAGCGAAGACGGCUGCGCCAAAGCCCAUAGGAUACCUAGCGAUCGGCUGGGGUGGGAUUCCUCCGGCAAUGGCCCAUCACCGCUCAGUCGGCCUCGGGAUCGCAAUAGCACCACAGUAUCAAGGAAAGGGCUACGGAACCGAGGUUAUCAACUGGGCUCUCGACUGGGCCUUCCGGUAUGGAAACUACCAUCGGGUUCACCUUGGCACUGUCUCCUACAAUGAGCGAGCGCAGCACUUAUACAAGAAGCUUGGUUUCGUGGAAGAAGGCCGUAGCCGUGAGUCUUAUUGGUUUGAUAGACAAUGGUAUGAUAUGAUCAGCUAUGGAAUCCUAGAAAGUGAAUGGGAGGUAAUGAGGGGCAUAGGGUCUAGAUAA